AUGACGGCGCCGCGCCGCGCCGCGACGUCCAACGAGGCCACCUUCACGCUCGCGGGCGAGGACCACACGCUGGCGAACGCGCUGCGACACGCGCUGAACGGCAACGCGGACGUCGCGCUGUGCGGGUACUCGGUGCCGCAUCCGAUGAAGCGCGAGGCGCGCGUGCGCGUGCAGACGACGGGCGCGAACGGGACGACGGCGCAGGGCGCGAUGCGGGACGCGCUGUUGGACGUCAUCUCGGUGUGCGAUCGCGUGCGAGAGGCGUACGAGGACGCCGAGCGCGCGUUCGAGCGCGAGCGGUGAAUCGUCUCGAAUGGCGGCUGGUGGGCGGUCGGUCGCGCGUGAAUUAACGUUGGAGCGCGUGAAUCUCGAGCAAGCGCGCCUCGAUGCGAGCGAGAAGCGCCUUGCGAUCGCCGAGGACGUCGGCGGCGAGGUCUCGACGGCGAACGUCGGCGCGACGAGGCGCGAAUUUGACGGGGGUGACGGGGGCGGAGACGGCGGCGCGCGCCGCGGAGGACGCGGAGACGCUCGAGGACGGCUCGGCGGCGGACCAUCGGCCCUGUUCCUCGAUGAUUUCGAUCAGACGCGCGUUUUGAGCGUUGGAAGAGGCGAGCUUGAGCUCGAGGUCGGUGAUUUCGUCGCGCGCGGCGGCGACGGCGUCGGCGCGGGUCUCGAUCUCGGCGUCGGCGCGUUCGAGUUCGGCGGAUUGGGCGUUCAUCUCUUCCACGAGCUUGUCGCGAACUUCCGCGAGUUUGAGCACGCGGUCGUCGACGCUCGCGGCGUCGGUGACGCGGGAUUCACCCAUCUGUUUCGCCUUUGAGCGCAAAAGUUGGGCCUCUUCCAGGGCGUCGGCGAGCGCGGCGUCCGCCCGCCGCGUCUUGCGAUCGACGUACGCUCGGACGCGG